AGUGUUCCCUCACCAAGCCAUAUCAUAUUUGCUGUGCUUGCAACAAAAGGAAAGCAGGCACUGAUCAAUCAAGCAUGAGUUCCACAGAGGACCCCAGCCUUCCCACCAAGGAAGAAGACGAUGAAGCCUGCCUCUAUGCCAUGCUCUUAUCGAGCUUCCAGGUUUUCCCUGGGAUUCUUAACGCCGCCAUAGAGCUGAACGUGUUUGAGAAGAUGUCAGAGAAAGCUGGAGGAGCUUCUGGGGGUUACUUGUCAGUUUCAGAGAUUGCCUCUGAACUUCCCACUCAGCACUCUGAGCUACAUGACAGGCUCGAUCGAAUGCUGCGAGUGCUGGCGUCUUUCAAGGUUCUGGAUUGGACCACUCGCACCAACCAACAUGGCCAGGUCGAGAGGCUUUAUAGGCUGUCUCUUGCUGGCACUUAUUUUCUCCAGUCUAAAACUGAGAGCCUCGCUUCUUUCUCCAACCUCCAGUGCCAUCCAGCCACUACUAAAGUUUGGCUGAACAUAAAGGAAGCAAUUCUGGAUGGAGGAGUGGACCUGUUCAACAAAGUACAUGGCAUAACAAUGUGGAAGUACAUGGAGAAGGCGACCGAGCUGAAUCGCACAUUCAACAAGGCAAUGGCAGGCCUGUCAGCAAUUCAGAUGAGGAAGUACUUGGAAGUGUAUGAGGGCUUUGAAGGAGUUUCAACCUUGGUUGAUGUUGGAGGAGGCACUGGUCAAAGCCUCCAAAUGAUAAUCUCCAAGCACCCUCACAUCAAGGGCAUUAAUUUUGAUCUGCCCCAAGUCAUUCAACAUGCCCCGCCCCACCCAGGAAUCGAGCAUGUUGGAGGAGACAUGUAUGUUAGUGUUCCCAAGGGUGAUGCUAUUAUGGUCAAGGCUACGUGUCACAAUUGGUCAGAUGAAAAAUGUGUGGCACUGUUGAAGAACUGUCACAAAGCCCUUCCUGAAAAUGGGAAGGUGAUCAUUUUGGACAUGAUAUUGCCUGAGGAACCAGUGUCAAGUGUUGCUUCUAAGUAUGUGUCUAUUGUAGACAACUCAAUGUUUAUUCAAGCUGGUGGUAGAGAAAGAACUGAGCAACAAUUCGAGAAGCUCUGCAAAAACUCUGGAUUCUCCAGCUUCCGUGUUGCUGCUCGUGCCCUCUCCGUUUAUGGCGUCAUCGAGUUUUACAAAUGAAUCCCAACUAUACCAUUGUUCUCGAGCAAGCUUGUACUUUCCAGUUUACAAUAAAUACCAAAAUUUCAAUCCUAGAUCAUUAAAACAAGAAUAAGUGAGAUUGCAGGUGGAAGGUUAUGCUUCCCAAAUUGGUCUGAUUAUGUUUAUUUUUCAGAGAUAUGUAAGAGUUGGGAAGCUUUAUUA